ACCUACUGAAAAUUACUAAUAUCUACAUUCGCAGAAAUCAGUUCCUCUUUCUAAAGAACAUUUGAUUAAUCAAUUUCUAUAAUUAACAAAGUUACUAAUACUACCUAUGUUAGCAAAAUCGGUUCUUUUUAAACAUUUGAUUAUCCUAAGCAACUAUUGGAAAGAUUCAUCUUUGGAUUAUAAAAAGAGGAACAGAAACACAGGGUGGAGGUAGUUUAAGACAGAGAGCUGCUAAAAAUUACAGAUAUCUGCAAAAAUCCAAAAAGAGGAACAGAAACACAGGGUGGAGACUGUCAUACAGAAUGGAAUUUUUGCAGCUCUGUUCUGGGCAAAGUGCAUAGAGGGAACCCACCUCAAUUUGAAAAUUUGGUCCUUACAAAGGGAUUAAGUAGAAAGGUGUUUAAGAAAGGGGUGGAUCAGCCAGGGGCUUUGAUAAAUCCUGUGGCUCUGGGAGGAGCUCAGAGACCUACUCCUCCCUCUCCAGUCUGCAUUCCUUCCCACCAUGGAUUUGAGCAGCACUUCAAGUGAAAAAGAAAUCUGGAAAGGCAAGAUAGUUUACAACCAGAUCCAAAAGGAGAUCCUCCUAGCAUGGUUUAAACACAAUCCUCACCCGGAUAAAGUUACCAUGGAACGACUGGCACAAGAAAUCGGUGUUCCAGCAUCUAAAAUUAAGAAUUGGUUUAGAAACCACAGAUGGAAGCAUUUGAGAUCUACACCCCUGAAACAUGACCAGGUGAAGCCGUGGACUCAAGAAUGGUUAACAAAAGCCAGCCAAGAGUUGAUGGCCCUCACAACAACUCAAAAAAGGAUCCUAAGUCAGGCCUUUCAGAGGGACCCAUUCCCUGAUCCUGCUACCAGGAAAAAACUGGCUAGCCAAAUAGGCAUUCGGGAAUCCAGAAUUCUGAUGUGGUUUCAGAAUCAGAACUCUUCGUAUUCUGAGCAGAGAAGGGAGGGGCUGAAUCUCCUGGUAGAAAGCACAAAUGAGAGACCACGGAAUCCAGAAUUCUGGUAA